GGGUGGAUACCGGUUCGUCAGUUGCACGGUCGCAGUUCGCAACUCAAAAAUUAGAAAAUUAGGGUUUAGUUCUGUCGAGGCAAAACCCUCCGACUCGCCGCUCUACGACUAUCGGCAGCCUACAUCUUCUUCAGUUUUCUUGUGAUAUCUUGUAAGGUAAUAAUAAUGGCAGAAGAGGAGGCAAAUCAGUUGACUUAUGUACCGGAGGUGAUAUUGAAGAAAAGAAAAGGCAAUGAAGCAUUGGCACUUUUGAGGAGAAAGCAGUUAGAGUUGGGCAAGCAUGAAAACAAGAAAAGGAAGCUAAGCGAGUUCAAAAGGCCCGAACAGCUAAUCAAAGAAUUCAGAGACAAGGAAUUGGAUCUUGUCAGGAUGAAACAAAGGGGAAAGAGACCAAGAUCUGCAUUGCAACUGCCAGCAUUUAAUCUACUAUUUAUCAUCCGUAUACAAGGCAAGAAUGAGAUGCAUCCAAAAACUAAGAAGAUCUUGCGGAGCUUGAGACUGAACAGAAUAUUUGAUGGUGUCUUCAUGAAGGUAGAUGAAGCGUUAAUGGAAAUGCUGCAAAAGGUGGAGCCAUAUGUAACUUAUGGAUGUCCUAAUCUGAAGAGUGUAAAAGAGCUGAUUUCCAAGAAAGGUUAUGGAUUAAUAAACAAGCAGAAAGUUCCCCUGACAGAUAAUAUCAUCAUAGAAGAGGCAUUGGGGAAAUAUGGCAUGAUAUGCUUAGAAGAUAUCAUACAUCAAAUCUCUACUGUUGGUCCACAUUUUAAGGUGGCCAGCAAGUUCCUGGGACCCUUAGCACUCAACAAACCAAUAGAUGGAUUGCAGGGGAAGAAACAAGCCUACAAGGAUGGGGGAGACUCUGGCGAUCGUGGUGAUCAAAUUAAUGAAUUGAUCAAUAAGAUGAAUUAGCAUCACUCAGGUGAGGUAAAAUUCAGGUGGACUUUGCUCAACAUUUUCCUUCUACGGGCUCCGGCAUUUUGCAUCCCAAAAAUUUUCGGUUAUAUGGUUUUGUGUAAUGAAUCAGAUCCUGGAUUAAGAUUAUCUGUCUCCUAUAAGUUAAGAUAGCAUUUGUGGUUUUUCAUGCA